AUGACGAUCACCUACAGCUGCAUUGCUAAUGGCCGAGCGAUCUUAGCGGAUCUGGCCUUGACCGGUGGUUCCUAUCAGGAAACAGCAGCAACAGUGCUUAGACUAGUGCUUCUUAGAGCUGAACGAAACACCAUAAUUCAAAUGGGAAGCUUUAUCUAUCAUAGUCUCUAUAUUGAUGGAAUCACUUACCUAUGUGCCUCAGACAAUGUCUUGGAUACUGUAACACCAUCUGCAUUUCUUAAAAAUGUUAGUGAUACUUUUGUGAGAAAUCCUUUGAUGUCACAGGAACAUUUUUCUCCUUCAAAUGCAGUUGCUGCAGAUUUUCAACAAGUAUUAGGAAAGUAUAUGAUGAAAUACAAUAAAAUUCAAGAUAACAGCUCGAUGUCCACACCGAGGAGUCAAGUAGCUGAUGUAAAAAAUGUUAUGACUCAAAAUAUUGAUAAACUAUUGGAAAGUGAAGAAAGACUGAAUAUCUUCCCUGACAGAACAGAUGAUCUCCAAACAACUGCCAAAGACUCCAAAAAAACAAGGAAUAUUCUUAGGAGGAUAUGGUGGAAACGUUUCAAAAAGAUUAUACUCAUCUUUGCAGCACUUCUCCUUUCAAUCAUCAUCAUUCUUCUAAGUAUAAAUGUAAUACCAACCUGACCACAUGGAGUUUUGUUAUGUGUACCACACACGAAAUGUUAUUUAACUGUUAACUAUUACAUAGAAAAAGAUGAUAGCAUUAAAUGGCAUUAAAUCCCCAUGAUCUUACUCCUUCCUUACUCAGAAAUGAUCUUGACCUUAAAAUUUCCUUAGAAAUGUUAAGAACCUGAACAUGAGUACAGUCCAGCGAUACACAUUCACCUCUUCCACCAUUUGAAAUGAAAAUCCAAACCAUUGUGUUUUAUAUUAGGCAUUUCCUUGAGUAAAGAUAAAAAAAUUGGGAAGCUGUAUCAUUUCUCUAAUAUAUCACAUAUCCUGUCUUCCUAUAUGGCCACCGUAAUAGCCUUUUUUUUAGUGAUA